AUGCCCGACUCCGACCCCGCCGCGGCCGCGACGGCACCGGGCAGUACCGGGCCAGCUGUUACUGCUUUUGGACUCAAGUUACCGCCGUACUGGCCGGGCGAUCCGGCACUCUGGUUCGCCCAGGUGGAGGCGCAGUUUUUGACGCGGGCUAUUACGCGACAAGAGACUAAAUUUGCACAUGUCAUCAGCUCAUUACAGCCUGAAGUAGCACAGGAGGUCAGGGACUUCAUCAUUGCUCCCCCGGCUAAGGAUCGCUAUGACAAACUGAAAUCUGAACUCGUCAAACGAACUGGCGUUUCCGAACAGAAGAGAAUUCACCAGCUUCUUAAUGCGGAAGAGUUAGGUGACCGCAAGCCUACUCAACUUCUUCGUAGAAUGCGGCAACUACUAGGAGAAUCCACUUUAGAGGAAGGGAUUUUGAAGCAGCUUUUUCUACAACGCCUACCGAAUAAUGUCAGAAUUAUUCUUGCUUCGUCAUCCGACUCUGUCUCCAUCGAACAAUUGGCGGAGUUGGCGGAUAGAAUCUUGGAGAUUUCUUCCCCAUUUUCUGUGUCUGCUGUAGAGUGCACGCCUGCUAGUACUACUGUUUCCUCAUCACCGCCACAAGUUUCUGCGGAGGUUCAACAGCUUUCCAGGCAAGUCACACAACUCACAGCACAGGUGCAAGCUCUGACUUCUUCCCUCCAGGAGGAUCGUCGUAGUCGAAGUCAGCAUCGAGGUGCAUCUCAUCCACCUCGACGUCCUUCCAGCUCUAAGAGUCCACGGAGACAACAGCAUCAUCAAGGAGCUGAGUGCUGGUAUCACUGGACUUAUGGUGACAGAGCUCGCAAGUGUGUGAGCCCGUGCUCGUCCAGCCGCCGACAUUCGACAUCGCAUUCGACACCUUCAACCUCGCAGUCAUACCCUCAGGGAAACGACCUAGCCAAGGAAUAG